GCCACAAAAACAAAAUUGAAUUGAAUUGAAGCUCAUCAAAAUGGGAAGCAAAGAGUGUUUCGUCCCGUCUUGUACGAAUAACAGCCGUGAUAAUCCGGAUUUGUUAUUCGUACCAAUUCUAGAACGUUUGCGAAAAGAAUGGUGUCGUCAAGUAAACACUGAAUACUUCACGGCUUAUUUGCAGUUUUGUUGUGAAAAUCAUUUAAAUCCAGAAGAUAUCAAAAAUUAUUAUAAAUGCAAGUUAUUAAAUGAGCAACCAAAAAUGGCGCCAACUGCGCAGCUACGACGCAUUUCUUUAGUUGAGGCAAAUAAAGGCCUUGUUCUGCGUGAGCUUUUGCUCCAACAACACACACCUGGUGUUACAAAGAAACGAAAACUAGACGAAAACUUAUUGCCUAGUACCUCAGCAUCAACUUUACCUUUCAAAGUGAAUGCUGCAACACAAUGUGAAAAAAAGAGUUAUAGUGAUAAGGGAACAAACACAUGCUUUAAGAAAGCAAAAUUACAUCCAAGAAGUCCAAGAAGCUGUACCUGGGAGGAAGAGGUUAUCGAUGUGAAAGAGUUAUCUAGUCCUUCACUGAGAAACUUUCCAUCAGAAACCGAUAGUGAGGAGAUCCCUGUAACCGAUUUUAAUUUGAGAAAUGAAUUCUUAGCACUGAUCAAUAAAAUGCCAAAUAUGUAUUUGGGUCUACCUCAACAAUAUGAAUGGUUACUAAACCAUAUAGUAGAAAAAAGCGAAAUUAAAACAAGUGUUUUGUGUUUAAUAAUUACAUUGUUCAAAAUCAAACAAAAUGACACAUUUUACAGAAUUUGUGAUCAAUUUCAAAUAACUAGACCAAAGAUGACAACUUUCUUCCAUCAAGGAAUAGAAGUGCUUGCAAAUUUUUUCCAAAAUUUUGUAUUUUUGCCAUCAGUUAUACAGAUAAAGAGAAAUUUACCUUUGGUUUUCAAACUAAAUUUUUCCAAUGUGCAAAUGAUUAUAGAUUGUUUUGAAAUUCAAAUCGAAAAACCCACAAAUCCUUUAAAGCAAUCACAAACCUGGUCUCAGUACAAAAACUGCAAUACUUUAAAAUAUUUAAUAGGUUGUACGCCAAGUGGUUUUGUCACUUUUAUAUCUAAAGGUUAUGGUGGACGAAUAUCAGAUAAAGCCCUAGUAGAAAAGAGUGGUCUGAUUGAUUGCCUUCCUACGAAUGCAGUGCUACUAGCUGAUAGGGGCUUCAAAGAAAUUGAGUCUGCAUUAGCAAUUAAAAAUAUAAAACUGUUGCGCCCUCCAAGUGUAUAUGCCAAUCAGAGACCAUCUCGAGAAGAGGUUCUUAAGAGCAAAACUAUUGCAAGUUUGCGGAUACAUGUUGAACGAGUUAUUAGGCGAAUAAGAGAAUUUAAAAUGCUGAAGCCCCACUCUGUCAUUAAUCAUAAACAUGUAGGUUACAUGGACCAGAUUGUCAUGAUUGCUUGUGGGCUGAUAAAUUUGCAAGACGAUAUAAUAAAAAAAUAAAUCAUGUGUACAUUUAAGUAUUUAAGACAGCAGACUGGUGUAGUGGUUAGUGACCCUGACUGCUGAGCCGAAGGUCCCGGGUUCGA